CGGCAGGAGGGCUCCGUUAGUGGCCUCCAAGAUGGCGACGCUGUUGGCGGUAAAUUCGGCUGCUAGUCUGUGGGGUCCGUACAAAGACAUUUGGCAAACAGUGGGAAAUGCUCUUUGGAGAAGACAACCUGAAGCUGUCCACCUUCUUGACAUGAUCUUGAAGAAACACAAACCUGACUUCAUCUCACUGUUCAGAAACCCACCAAAAAAUGUCCAACAACACGAAAAGGUUCAGAAAGCCAGUACAGAGGGAGUCGCCAUCCAGGGUCAACAGGGGACCCGACUUCUUCCUGAACAGCUCAUUAAAGAAGCCUUUAUCCUUAGUGACCUUUUUGAUAUUGGAGAAUUGGCAGCUGUUGAGCUUCUCCUCGCUGGAGAGCACCAACAGCCCCAUUUUCCUGGUCUCACCAGAGGACUAGUAGCUGUUCUUUUAUACUGGGAUGGAAAGCGGUGCAUUGCAAAUUCCCUGAAAGCCUUGAUACAGUCUAGACGAGGAAAGACGUGGACCCUUGAACUCAGUCCAGAGCUGGUUUCCAUGACAACACGCUUUACAGAUGAACUGAUGGAGCAAGGAUUGACUUAUAAAGUGCUUACUCUGGUGUCACAGAUUGAUGUGAACAAUGAGUUUGAGAAGCUACAGCGGGAGAGAGGUUUGGGCAGUGAAAAACAUCGAAAAGAGGUUUCUGAUCUUAUCAAGGAGUGCAGGCAGUCUCUGGCAGAAAGCCUUUUUGCCUGGGCUUGUCAGUCACCUUUAGGCAAAGAUGACACUCUGCUUCUUAUUGGACAUUUGGAAAAAGUGACAGUUGAGGCUAAUGGUUCAUUGGAUGCAGUGAAUCUGGCUCUUCUUAUGGCGCUUCUGUACUGCUUUGAUAUCAGUUUUAUAGAACAAAGCACAGAGGAGCGAGAUGAUAUGAUUCAUCAGCUUCCACUAUUGACAGAAAGACAAUACAUUGCAACCAUUCACUCCCGCCUUCAGGACUCACAGCUUUGGAAACUGCCUGGGCUGCAAGCCACGGUUCGACUUGCCUGGGCAUUGGCACUGAGAGGAAUAUCUCAGCUACCUGAUGUGACAGCUCUGGCUGAAUUCACAGAAGCAGAUGAAGCAAUGGCAGAGCUUGCAAUUGCUGACAAUGUUUUCCUGUUUCUCACUGAAUCCGUGGUGGUGUCAGAAAACUUCUAUCAGGAGGAAUUUUAUAUUCGUAGAAUCCAUAAUCUCAUCACAGAUUUCCUUGCACUCAUGCCAAUGAAGGUAAAACAGUUGAGGAAUCGGGCAGAUGAAGAUGCUCGAAUGAUUCACAUGAGUAUGCAGAUGGGUAAUGAACCUCCCAUUUCACUUAGAAGGGAUCUGGAACACUUAAUGCUCUUGAUUGGUGAGCUAUAUAAAAAGAACCCUUUUAAUCUGGAGCUUGCUCUGGAAUAUUGGUGUCCCUCAGAACCUCUUCAGACUUCCACUAUCAUAGGUUCUUACCUUGGGGUGGCUCAUCAGCGACCCCCUCAACGCCAGGUCGUCUUGUCAAAGUUUGUUAGGCAAAUGGGUGACCUGUUGCCUCCAACGAUUUACAUUCCAUAUUUGAAAAUGCUCCAAGGAUUAGCCAAUGGGCCCCAGUGCGCCCACUACUGUUUCAGCCUGCUUAAAGUCAAUGGUAGUAGUCACGUUGAAAAUAUUCAGGGAACAGGUGGCAGUCCUGUUUCCUGGGAACAUUUCUUUCACUCCUUAAUGCUUUACCAUGAGCAUCUCCGGAAGGAUCUUCCAAGUGCAGAUAGUGUCCAGUACCGUCACCUUCCUUCACGUGGCAUCACCCAGAAGGAGCAGGAUGGACUCAUUGCCUUUUUACAGCUCACAUCCACCAUCAUUACUUGGAGUGAAAAUGCUCGUCUGGCACUCUGUGAGCAUCCUCAGUGGACCCCGGUUGUGGUGAUCCUGGGACUCCUGCAAUGCAGCAUUCCCCCUGUUCUAAAAGCAGAGCUGCUCAAGACCCUUGCAGCUUUUGGAAAAUCUCCUGAAAUUGCUGCUUCCCUCUGGCAGUCGUUGGAAUACACUCAGAUACUGCAGACCGUAAGGGUUCCAAGCCAGAGGCAAGCGAUUGGUAUCGAGGUUGAACUAAAUGAAAUAGAAUCCCGGUGUGAAGAAUACCCGUUGACUCGGGCCUUUUGCCAGCUUAUUAGUACCCUGGUGGAGAGCUCAUUUCCUUCUAAUUUAGGUGCUGGCCUGAGGCCCCCUGGCUUUGACCCUUAUUUGCAGUUCCUCAGAGAUUCUGUGUUUCUCCGAUUCCGCACAAGAGCUUACCGGAGAGCAGCUGAAAAGUGGGAAGUUGCUGAGGUUGUUUUGGAAGUGUUUUAUAAAUUGCUCAGAGAUUAUGAGCCUCAACUUGAAGAUUUUGUAGACCAGUUUGUGGAAUUACAAGGAGAAGAAAUCAUAGCCUACAAACCACCAGGAUUUAGUCUGAUGUAUCAUCUUCUGAAUGAGUCACCAACGUUGGAGCUUGCUCUUAGUUUGCUGGAGGAAGGCGUUAAGCAGCUGGAUACCUAUGCCCCUUUCCCUGGGAAGAAGCAUCUGGAGAAAGCAGUGCAGCACUGCCUUGCCCUUCUCAAUCUUACUCUGCAAAAGGAAAAUCUCUUUAUGGAUCUUCUAAGAGAGAGUCAGCUAGCUCUAAUAGUCUCUCCUUUAGAACAGCUAUUACAGGGAAUCAAUCCCAGAACUAAGAAGGCCGAUAAUGUGGUGAAUAUUGCCAGAUACCUAUAUCAUGGCAAUACUAAUCCCGAAUUGGCUUUUGAGAGUGCCAAGAUCCUCUGCUGUAUCUCUUGUAACUCCAAUAUUCAGAUAAAAUUGGUUGGAGAUUUCACACAUGACCAGAGUGUAAGUCAGAAGUUGAUGGCUGGAUUUGUGGAAUGUUUGGAUAGUGAAGACACAGAAGAAUUUGUACGUCUAGAAGAGGGAUCAGAACUUGAGAAGAAACUAGCUGGAAUCCGUCAGGAAACAAGAAUCCACAUCUUGAAUCUUCUCAUAACCUCUCUGGAGCGCAAUCCACCCAAUCUUGCUCUCUACCUGUUGGGCUUUGAAUUGAAGAAGCCUGUCAGUACCACAAACCUACAGGACCCAGGAGUCUUAGGUUGCCCUCGAACAUGCCUUCAUGCCAUUUUAAACAUCUUGGAGAAAGGAACUGAAGGGAGAACAGGUCCAGUGGCAGUGAGAGAAUCUCCUCAACUCGCUGAGCUAUGUUACCAGGUGAUAUAUCAGUUGUGUGCGUGCUCUGAUACAUCUGGUCCUACUAUGAGGUACUUGAGAACCAGCCAGGAUUUCUUAUUUUCACAGUUGCAACAUUUACCUUUUUCUAACAAAGAGUAUGAAAUGUCUAUGUUGAACCAGAUGUCACGGCUAAUGAAGACUGCCUCAAUAGAAUUACGGGUAACUUCUCUGAAUCGUCAGCGGUCACAUACCAGCCUCCUACAUCUCUUACUGGACGACAUGCCUGUGAGACCGUAUUCAGAUGGUGAAGGAGGAAUAGAAGAUGAAAAUAGGUCUGUCUCUGGGUUCCUUCACUUUGACACUGCUACAAAAGUACGUCGAAAGAUUCUAAGCAUUCUUGACUCGAUUGACUUCAGUCAGGAGAUCCCUGAGCCUUUGCAGUUGGAUUUUGAUCGGGCCCAGAUCGAGCAAGUUAUUGCUAACUGUGAACACAAGAAUUUACGGGGACAGACAGUCUGCAAUGUCAAGCUUCUUCAUAGAGUCCUUGUAGCUGAAGUAAAUGCCCUCCAGGGUAUGGCAGCCAUAGGACAGAGACCUCUCCUGAUGGAGGAAAUCAGCACUAUACUUCAGUAUGUGGUAGGAAGAAACAAGCUGCUGCAGUGUCUUCGCAAACGGCACGUGCUGGAGUCAUGGAGGCAGCUGGUCGAGAUUAUACUGACAGCUUGUCCCCAGGACCUCAUUCAGGCAGAGGAUCGGCAACUGAUUAUCCGUGAUAUCCUACAAGAUGUGCAUGAUAAGAUACUAGAUGAUGAAGCAGCGCAGGAGUUAAUGCCAGUGGUAGCAGGUGCCGUGUUCACCUUGACUGCUCACCUAAGCCAAGCCGUUCGCACUGAACAGAAGCAACCAUUAGUCUUGGGACCCGGAGAGACCCAUUACGCUUUUAUGCUCGAUAGCUCGUUCGCUUCGUCACCUUCCUCCAGCAGAGAACCCGGUGGUGGGUUUUGCUUCUAUGGAGACUCUUCGCUUCACAUCAUAUUGAAGAAACUGUUAGACUUCAUUUUGAAGACAGGUGGCGGAUUCCAGCGAGUGAGGACACACCUGUACGGCUCUUUGUUGUAUUACUUACAGAUCGACCAGAGACCAGAUGAACCAGACACAUUAGAAGCAGCCAAGAAAACCAUGUGGGAAAGGCUGACAGCCCCUGAAGAUGUAUUUAGUAAAUUACAACGAGAAAACAUAGCCAUCAUUGAGAGCUACGGUGCUGCCCUCAUGGAAGUGGUCUGUCGAGAUGCUUGUGAUGGCCAUGAGAUUGGAAGGAUGCUGGCGCUGGCUCUACUUGAUCGGAUCGUCUCCGUAGAUAAACAGCAGCAUUGGCUCUUGUACCUUUCUAACAGUGGCUACUUGAAGGUGCUCGUGGACAGCUUGUAGAAGAUUGACCAUACUUUGCAGAGCUUAUUAACGCCACAACCUCCCCUCUUAAGCCUUUAUACUUACGAAUCCAAAAUGGCAUUUCUUACAAGAGUGGCCAAGAUACAGGCAGGGCGCUUUAGAGCUGCUGAGGUCUGGGGUAUAGUGCGACUGGCGCAGUGCCAGGUCUAUGACAUGCGCCCAGAGAUGGACCCGCAGGGCAUGUUUGGCAUGAGAGACCCGCCAGUUUUCAUCCCUGCCCCCGUGGACCGCUACCGGCAGAUUCUGCUCCCGGCUCUCCGCUUGUGCCAGGUCAUCCUCACGUCCAGCACGGCCCAGCACUUGCAGGCAGCAGGCCAGGUGUUGCAGUUUCUCAUUUCGCAUUCUGAUACCAUCCAAGCAAUCCUGCGCUGCCAGGACGUGAGCGCUGGGUCCCUGCAGGAACUGGCUCUACUGACGGGAAUUAUAAGUAAAGCAGCACUUCCUGGUAUAUUAAGUGAACUUGAUAUUGAUGCAAAUGAAGGAUCUCUAAUGGAGCUACAGGGACAUAUUGGAAGAUUCCAGCGCCAGUGCUUAGGACUCCUGAGCCGCUUUGGGGGCUCUGACAGACUGCGUCAGUUUAAAUUUCAAGAUGAUAAUGUGGAGGGAGAUAGAGUGAGCAAGAAAGAUGAGCUUGAACUGGCCAUGCAGCAGAUCUGUGCCAAUGUCAUGGAAUAUUGCCAGUCACUCCUGUUACAGAGCUCCCCCACCUUUCAGCAUGCUAUGUGCCUCUUCACCCCGAGCCUGUCAGAAACCAUUAAUAGAGAUGGACCCCGGCAAGAUACUCAAGCUCCAGUGAUUCCAUAUUGGCGCCUGCCCGGUUUGGGCAUUAUUGUCUACCUGCUGAAACAGAGCGCUAAUGACUUCUUCAGCUAUUACGACAGUCAUCGACGGAGUGUCAACAAACUUCAGAAUGUAGAGCAACUUCCACCUGAUGAGAUAAAAGAGUUGUGUCAGUCUGUGAUGCCUGUUGGUGUUGAGAAAAUCUCCACUGCCCAGAAAUAUGUCCUAGCAAGACGGCGUUUGGUGAAGUUGAUCAACAAUCGAGCCAAACUACUUUCCCUUUGUUCUUUUAUCAUAGAGACCUGCCUAUUUAUUCUUUGGCGCCAUCUGGAGUACUACUUGUUACAUUGCACGCCCACCGAUUCUCAGGAUUCCCUGUUUGCCUCCAGAACCUUAUUUAAAAGCAGAAGACUACAAGAUUCCUUCGCUUCAGAAACCAACCUGGAUUUCAGAAGUGGUCUGACUGCAGUGAGCCAACAUGACAUAGACCAGCUUCAGGCUGACGCCAUCAACGCUUUUGGAGAAUCACUACAAAAGAAACUUCUGGACAUUGAAGGAUUAUACUUGAAAGUUCGAUCUCGCUAUAGUUUCAUACAAGCUCUUGUCAGACGUAUCCGAGGCCUGCUGAGGAUAUCAAGGAACUAAGAGCCCGUGCUUAUACUCUUCUAGGGAAGAGAAGAAUUGGGGAAAACUGUCCCCUUUUUAUGGACUAGUUUGUUUCUAAGUUAUGACCAAAAAAUAUUUUGCUAUUUCUUUCUUUAUAUAUGGACAUCUUUUCUGUAAAUUUCUUUGCCUGGUUCCAACCUCACUAGUAAAAAAUAAAUACUUUUUAAAAAAAGACA